UCGCCUCUACGAGGGAUUACAACAUCAGGAGGAGGAGUGCUAGGCCGCGGUGCAGAGAGAUGGCCACCACCAGGACGGAAGGCAAGGGCGACGCCGGCGGCAGGACGGAGGGGGAGGGCAACGUCGCCGGCAGCAAGGACUCCCUGAAGAUGGUGGCACUGCAGGCACCGGUCACCCUCGAGCGCCCCGUCCGCGGCGACCUCGAGGAGCACGUCCCCAAGCCAUAUUUGGCGAGAGCUCUGGCGGCUCCGGACAUCUACCACCCGGAGGGGACGACGGACGAUCACCGCCACCACCACAACAUGAGCGUGCUGCAGCAGCACGCCGCCUUCUUCGACCGCGACGACGACGGCAUCAUCUAUCCAUGGGAGACUUACAGCGGAUGCCGUGCGGUUGGGUUCAACGUGCUCAUGUCUGCCAUCAUCGGUCUGCUCGUGAACCUGGUCAUGAGCUAUCCCACCCUGCCUGGUCGGCUGCCGUCCCCGCUGUUGCCAAUUUAUGUCCACAACAUCCACAAGUGCAAGCGCGCGAGUGACACGGGGACCUACGACAAAGAGGGCCGGUUCAUGCCGGUGAAUUUCGAGAACAUCUUCAGCAAGUACGGCCGCACGUACCCCGACAGGCUCAGCUACGGGGAGCUGUGGCGGAUGACCGAGGGGUGCCGGGAGGCAUUCGACUUCUUCGGCUGGGUUGCGAUGAAGCUGGAGUGGUCGAUCCUGUACGUGCUGGCGAGGGACAAGGACGGGUACCUGUCGAGGGAGGCCAUCCGGCGCAUGUACGACGGGAGCCUCUUCGAGUACCUGGAGAGGCAGCGCCAUGCCCAGCAGGAGCACGUCAAGAUGUCCUAGAUCAUCGUCAUGUCGCCGUUCAUGGACAUGGUUGUGUCAGUGUUGAACUGCUGUGAACUGUAAUGAGACCGUGGGUAUCGCAGGAUCAGUGCUAGGCUUGCGAUAGUUCCCUGUGUAUAUAGAACGGGCCCUGAUCCGUGUGGAGCAUAAAUAAUGUGAUGUGCCGUUGGUUGUACACAGACGGGGCUUUGUGUGUGAUGAGGAUGGGGAUCGCGAUACUGUCCGCUUCCGAUCCGCCGGUGUGCCUCGGCUUGAUUCGGUCGACGGGGAGGCUGCGUUGUC